UUUUUCCUGUUGUUUUUGUACACCAAGAGAAGAACAAGGGAAGAAUAAGCGAGGGAUGAGCAGAGCACGUGGCACGGAGGACGACGAGAUGGACGAGAGGGAAGAAGAGGUCGAGCAGGUGGCGAUGGUGGAGGGGGAUCGUGACAGUGACAUCAGCGACAGCAACAACGGCAGCGACAACAGCGACAUCAGCGACAGCAACAACGGCAGCGACAACAGCGACGGCGAGGAUGAGAAUGAUGAUGGCAGUGACGGCGAUGACGAAGAGGCAGAAGAGGAGGUGCAGCUGGAAGGGAACAAGGCGUUUGACGUGCUGGUGAAGGAGCUGGAGGGGCACACGGAAGCGUCGCUUGAGAAGCUCAAGGACACCGUGCGCGAGGCCAGGGAAAAGGUCAAGGCCAAGCGAAAGGCAGCGGUAGCAGCAGGAGAGGAAGAAAACGGGGAGCACCAAGCUGAGGGAAAGGGUGUCAUGGACACAGCGGAAGAGGCUGCAACACCAGCAUCAUCCACUGCCCGCGACGAGCGGCUGCCAAGCAAGAAGGCCAAAGUCAAGCAAGACCACGGCCCAGGUCGCCACUACACCGUGAGCAUUGCCAUCCCGGGAUCACUGAUUGCCGGCGUGCAGUCGCAAGAAGUGCGGUCCCAUCUCGCGGGCCAGAUUGCACGUGCGGCUGUCCUGUUUCAAGUGGAUGAAAUUGUCGUCUAUCGCGAAUCCACCAUCUCCCUGGAUAACACUGUCACCGAAGGUAUUCCUGUCCUGCACAAUGAGCACGGCACGGGAAAGAUGCGAGGCGACCCCUGUGCGUUCCUGGCGCGUGUUCUCGAGUAUCUCGACUGCCCGCCGUUCCUCCGCAAGCACUUCUUCGGCAUCCACAGGGAUUUGAAGUUUGCCAGCUUGCUGCCGCCGCUGGAGGCACCCCACCACACGGUUGCAGAUGCACCGAGCCCGUUUCGGGAGGGAGUGACGCUCAAGAAAUACGUUAAGCCUGGCAAGGGCUCGUUUGUGGACAUUGGCUUGACCCGGCCUGCCAAGAUUGACCGACAUCUUGCUCCCGGUGUCCGCGUCACUGUUGCCCUAGAUGUCACGCAGUACCACAAGAAACAGGUGCACACCUUCCGCGGCAAGGCGGUGAGCCCUUCAGCUCCGCGUGAGCAGAAGGGCAUGUACUGGGGAUACAGCGUGCGCGUCGCAGAGUCCGCAGCAGACGUCCUGUCAGAGUGCCCAUGGAAGACCGGGUAUGACCUCUGCAUGGGCAUCACAACCAAGCGUGGAAAGGCACCAGAGGCUGUCACCAUGCCGAAAUCAUUCAAGCACGCUCUUGUGAUAUUUGGCGGCGCAGAGGGUUUGGAUGAGUUUGUUGAGAGCCGCCAGGCACAAAAGCGUGUCUUGCACCGCAUCAACACCUGCAAACACGCCGGAACCAGGAACAUUAGAACAGAGGAGUCACUCUUGAUCAGUCUGUCGAGCCUGUCUCCGUUGCUGCGACAGCACGGCGCAACCAGCAGCUGACCACGCACCUCUCCUUGGUCCACCCCAGUGCUUGUUCCUCUAACUUCUUUUGUUGUGGCGUGUGGCUUUGUUUCAUUGUGCCAAACUUCAUCUCAGCUGUGAAUGAACGUGUGUUAUUAUCUGGGUAGCUACAAGUAAAGCAGCGCAAUCACA